CAUUUUGCCUUUCUCCCCUCCAGGAGCUACCUAUUCCUAGCUAGGGCACAGGUACAUUUUGAUCAGCGCAGAGAACAGAAGCAGAGAAGCCAGAAAGGUAAGAGAACAGGGAGAGCAGAGUCAGAAAGUCUUGACGAGGAUUGAGCAGAAGUUUGUAGUCAGAUGGAGGAACAGCGAGUAAAGUCUGGCCAGGAUCAUCGCCACAGUAGAAAAGAAUGGCCUGACGAACCGUCUGUUGCGGGCCGCUCACCGGAACAUGUUAGAAAGGGAGAACAUAGGGGGAGGGACAGGAAGGGCGAAAAGCACCGGCGGAGAAACGAAGAGCGCGGCUCUUCAUCAGACACUGGCGAGGAGUCAGAAGGAGAAAGGCAAGAUAAACGGAACCGACGGAAGCGGAAGGAGAGGAGUGACACAGAUAGUGAGAGCGACGAUUCAGAGGAGGAGAGGAGGGAGCGAAGAAAAAGAAGGAAGGAGAAGCGGCGCAGGCGAGAGGAAAAGAAGCUCAAGAAAGAAAAGAAAAGCCGGUCCAAGGGGGGCACGAAUAACGAUAGUGGGAGUGGUGAAGAUGAGAAGACAAAGAAGAGGCUGCUGAAAGAGGCAAAAAAGUUUCUGAAAAAGCAUUCCAGCAAGGGGGGCCAAGAGCUGGUGCUGAGUGCCGUCGGUCGAAAGGUGGAACCAAUCUCGACAGGGGACUACUUCCAGAAGAAUGCCGAAUUUGCCACCUGGCUCCGGGAGGGUCGCGGCAUCUUCUUCUCAGACCUCUCAUCAGAUCAGGCGCAUGCGCUGUUUGAUGCCUUCGUAACUGUUUACAACGAAGGAAAGCUGCCAGAGAAGUACUACGAUGGAAUCACCAGCACCCAUGCGAAGCGUUCAGGCUUUACAUGGGCCAUCAAGGGUCGUGGUGAUACAGGAGAAGACAUCAUGGCGGAGGAGGACCGGCGGGCGGCCGAAGCUGGCCGAGGGAAACUAGAGCGGAAGAAAUGGAUGCAGGAUCAGGAGCUGUUACUGGACGAGAUGCUGCCUAAGGCGACGGGGCGGGAGGCCGCUCUCGAGAAGAAGGCGGCGCGCAGAGAACAGCAGCGGGGCAGGGAAGACAGCCCGGAGCUGAUGCGGGACAAGGACUUGCUGGGAGGCGGGGACGAUUUCCAGCAGCGGCUAGCACGAGAAAGGCAGCGGCGAGAGAAGCGCGUUGCGGCAAAGGCCGACGCCGUUGCGGAAAAGGUGACGGCAUACGAAGCAGCGGAACAGGCAAAGCUCAAUCAGUUCCGGGCGCUGAUUGGGGCUUCAGGAGGAAAGAUAAGCAUAUCAAAACGGGCCGAAUGAAAGAAACCUUCUGGUUUUGAGAAACUCAAGUGUGCAGAUGUCCUUCGUGUACAGCUACUGUCGUAUUUGUCGUACAAUGUACUGCAGUCCGACAGCUCAUGUCCAUGCCAUAUGGAGUCAUAAUGACCUUAAAAUGAUUGUACCAGACGGCCAUAAACCUAGUGUGUAGUCAUUCC